AUGGGAAAGGGAGAAAGAGAGGGGGUGGGGGGAGAGGAAGAGAUAGAGAAAAGGGAGGGUGGCUUAUGGUGGUGGUCAUGGGGGAAUGAUGGAGAAGAAAAUGGGUGGUUGCGGCGGUUAUGUGUUCGUGGGGUUGUGGGGCGGGAUUUUGUCUUUGGGUUCUUGGUUGUUGUGGGUGGGUCUAUGAUGGGGGAUGGGUGUGGGGUCUGUGGGUUCUGGGUUCGUUGA